CUACAAUUUUUCAGUGAAUACAGAAUUUAUACAAUAGAAGAGAAGCCUGUUCUGUACAGAAUUGAAAAUGGUUCAUCUUUCUGUGAGAUUUUCUACCUGUAAUUAGGGUGUGAGGAACACUGAAUGAUACACCAGUUGUAUAUCCACUCAUAUUGACUGGAGAAAGGAGCCAUUUCCAUGGGACUGGAAAGAUAGCGCUCAGUGGUUAAGCACAGUUACGUUCUUUUUCUUUUUUGUGUUUUUUUUCCGUGGUAUCAAUUUCUUUUUCCUUUUAUUGAAAAUGGACUAUUUUUUCAUACAAUAUAUUUUGAUUCUGAUUCUCCUUCCCCAACUCCUUCUAGCUCCUCAUCACUUCUCCACGCACCCAAAUCCACACUCUUUCUUUCUCUCUCUCAUUAGAAUUCAAAUAGGCGGGAACCGGGAAGGCGCUGAGCUUAAACUGAAGCAAGUUCUGAGGACGCCAGUGGCGCCGUGGUUUGAAGAGGGGGUUCCAGGCCCCCGAGUCAGGAGGUGCGAACCUGAAGGUCGACCCAGAAAUGGGACGCCGGUCAUCAGACACCAAGGAAGAGAGCAGAAGCAAGAGAAAAAAGACACACCGGAGACGCUCCUCUUCGAGUAGUUCCUCAGAUAGCAGGACGUACAGCCGCAAGAAGGGCGGGAGGCGGCCACGGUCCCAGUCCAGGUCCUGGUCUAGAGACCGCCAGCCUCGCUCACAUUCUUAUGAGAGAAGACGCAGGCACAGGUCAAGCAGCAGCUCUUCUUACGGCUCCCGAAGAAAACGAAGUUGAAGGCAAUCCAGCGCUCGAGGAAAAUCCUAUAGAGUUCAAAGGUCUCGGUCCAAAAGCAGAACAAGAAGGUCCAGAUCAAGACCUCAUCCACGUUCCCACAGUCGAAGCAGUGAAAGGUCCAGUCACAGAAGAACCCGUAGCAGGUCUAGGGAGAGAGAACGACGGAAAGCCCGGGACAAAGAGAAGAGAGAGAAGGAGAAGGAGAAAGGCAAGGACAAAGAAGUGCACAGCAUCAAACGGGGGGAAUCUGGAAACAUCAAAGCUGGAUUAGAACAUCUGCCACCAGCUGAGCAGGCCAAAGCCAGACUACAACUGGUUCUUGAAGCUGCUGCAAAAGCUGAUGAAUUACUAAAAGCCAACGAAAGGAAUGAAGAAGAAGCAAAGAGAAGAAAAGAGGAAGACCAAGUCACCCCGGUGGAACAAGUAAAAAGAGUUAAAGAAAUUGAAGCCACUGAAAGUGAUUCUUUUGUUCAGCAGACGUUCAGAUCAAGUAAAGAAGUCAAAAAAUCAGUAGAACCAAGUGAAGUGAAGCAUGUGACUCCAGCAUCAGGACCAGCAUCAGUAGCCGCUGACCCACCCAGCAUCGGAAAGGAAAUAGACCCUGACAGCAUCCCCAUGGCCAUCAAGUACCAAGAUGACAAUUCUCUGGCUCAUCCAAAUUUAUUUAUUGAAAAAGCUGAAGCUGAAGAAAAGUGGUUCAAGAGAUUAAUUGCUCUCCGACAGGAAAGACUAAUGGGCAGUCCUGUGGCCUGAGGAAGAGAUUCACGGUUGAAUUGACAGAAGCCUUGAAAAAUUUAGGUUUUUAAAUACCAAUAUUAACUUUUACUCUUCAAAACAAUUUAGCCAGUUACAUAGAAAGAAAAUCUCAUUUCUUCUCUCGUGUUCAACUGAAUAUUUGUUGGUUCGAAUCAAAUAUUGGGAAUAGUGAAUCUAUUGUAAAAAGGUGUAUGUGCAUUAACAUAUAUCCUGUUAAUAAAGCUAAUCAUAAAAAUGUCAGUGUUGAAGUAAAUGAAUAUUCAGUAGUGUAUCUCAUUACAGUUUUUACAAAAUCAGGUUUUUGACCCAAUAUUGGAUAAUUAUACAUAUAUAUAAGAGCCAUAUUAUUUAGUAUAAGAGUUCAUCUCCUAUGUAUUGUAAAACCCUUCUUGAAUCUCUUAUCCCACCUUUCUUAAAAUUUUUAGGUAUCACAAAAGGUACCCUUUUAUGAGAUGUAAGCAAUGACCAUGAUAGAUUUGAACUAAAACUUUUUCUAAUGCCAAGUGUGGUGUCCAGCCUCCCAUCCUAGUCCUCUGGAGGCUUAGGCAGGAGGGUCUCAACUCCAGUCUGCACGCCACAGCUAGUGAUGGGACACUUGGACCACAUGGUGGAACCUUGUCUGGAAAAAACUUUUAAUUAGAGAUCAGUUUGUAUGAAGUGCUGUAAGCAGACGCAGUUCUUCCUUUAGAAAUCACAUGCCACUGCAUUAGUCCCUUUGCACUGCUGUGACGAAAGGCCUGGCCUGACUUCAGAGGGAAGGCUUUUGUCUAUGUCUUGAGAAGUGUCGGUCCAGGGUCAGCUGGUUCCACGGCUCUCAGGCCUGUAGCAGCAAAAACACAGCAAGAGGGCGAGGCACAGGAAAGCCUCUCACUAUCGGCUGUCAGGAAGCAAAGAGACAGGAAGAGGCCACAGCAUACCCUUCAGAGAUAUACUCCACUUACCUGCUUCCCGUCUGUUCCCUCCCUCCUGGCAGCCCAUUCAGCUGUGGACUCCUGCUUUAACCCAUUGGUGGAGUUACAGUCCUCAUGAUCCAGUAACUCUCUCAACAGGCUGAAGUUGUAUUUUAAAGAAAAUGUUUUGUGGAAACAAAAUCAAGUUGAAGUUUGUUGUUUUUUUAAGUGAACAAAUAAACUUGGUCCUAAAUAAAAAAAAAAAAGAAUUCAAAUAGACACCUUAAAAAUAAUAAAAAUAAAGCCGGGCGGUGGUGGCGCACGCCUUUAAUUCCAGCACUCGGGAGGCAGAGCCAGGCGGAUCUCCGUGAGUUCGAGGCCAGCCUGGGCUACCAAGUGAGUUCCAGGAAAGGCACAAAGCUACACAGAGAAACCCUGUCUCGAAAAACCAAAAAAAAGUAAAAUAAAAUAAAAAUAAGCUAAAAUAAAAACAAAUAAACCAGACUAGGACAAAGAAAACAAACAAACAAACAAGAGCCAAGGAAAAUUAUUUAAGGAAUAAACAAAAUCCCAGACAAAGAAUUGUGAGCGUAAGGUUUCUAUUACUUCACUGAAACACCAUGACCAAAGCAACUUGGAGAGGAAAGGGUUUAUUUGGCUUACACUUCCAUGCCAAUGUUCAUCACUGAAGGAAGUCAAGACAGGAACUCAAACAGGGAAAGAACUUGGAGCCAGGAGCUAAUGUAGAGGCCGUGGAGGGGUGCUGCUUACUGGCUUGCUCCUCAUGGUUUGGUCAACCUGCUUUCUUAUAGAACCCAUGACCAUCAGCCCAGGGAUGGCACCACCCUCAAGGGCUGGGCCUUCCACUAUUGAUCACGAUUUAAGAAAAUUGGGCUGGAGAGAUGGCUCAGAGGUUAGGAACACUGACUGCUCUUCCAGAGGUCCUGAGUUCAAUUCCCAGCAACCACAUGGUGGCUCACAACCAUCUGUAAUGAGAUCUGGUGCCCUCUUCUGGCCUGCAGAAAUACAUGCAGACAGAACAUUGUAUGCAUAAUAAAUAAAUAAAUCUUUAAAAAAAAAAAAAGAAAAUUUCCUACAGCUGGAUCUUAUGGAGACAUUUUCUCAGUUGAGGUUCCCUCUUCUCUGAUGACUCUAGCUUGUGUCAAGUUGACAUAAAACUAGCCAGUACAGUGAGACAACAAAUCCUCCAAAAAUGUCAUCAAUUUUGUUUUGUGUUGAUCAUCUACAUGAAUCAUGCCCUUAAGUGUGGUUUGUUUACUCAGUGAGAUUCCAUUGGAGAAAUUUUUUUUUCCAUUUUUGAGUGGUUAUCAGUUGGAGAUAAUUUCUGUGUUAAGGACAAGGGAUUGUUUCUACUUCCCUCUUUGCACUGGGACCCUGUUUAUCUUAGACACAUGCAGGCCCUGUACACACUGCCACAGUCUCUGUGAAUUCAUAUGUGCAUCAGUCAGCACUGUUGUGUCUAGAAAACCUUGUUUCCUUGUUGUCCUCCAGCCCUACUGGCUCUUACACUCCUUCUGUAUCCUCUUCUGAUCCUCUUCUGUAUCAGGUUCCCCGAGGCCUGAAGGGAGGGAUUUGGUGGAGACAUUCCACAUCGGAUUGAGUGUUCCAUGGUCUCUCACUCACUACACAUUUUUCUUUUGUGGGCCUCUGCAUUUGGUCCCAUCUACUGCAGGAGGAUGAUUUUCUGAUGAUAGCUGAGUAAGAAACUGAUCUAUGAGUAUAGCAGAAUGUUGUUAGGAGUAAUUUUAUUUCUAUUUUCAUUUAGCAGAACAGCAGUGUUUAGUUUCCCCCUAGUACCAGAGCUUGUCUAGUCUUAGAUUCUUGACUACCUUGAGCAGUGUCUGGCAUGGGUUCCAUCUCAUGGAGUGGGGCUUUAAUUCCAUUCAGAGAAUGGCUGGCUACCCCCACAACCUUGUGGAAUUAAUGUACCAGUGUAUCAUGCAGGCAGAUCACCAUUGGAGAUCGCAGUGUUUGUAACUGGGUUGGUGUCUACUUUCUCCUCUGGUUGUGUGCAGAGUCCCAUCUGGAACAAUGAACAGUUUUCAGUAGGGGUGAAGGCUCUAGAUAGUCAUGAGCUCAAAUUCUCCGUGUUCAGUGAUCUCACUGUUCUUGCAGAGAACCAGAGUACGGUUUCCAGAGUGACAUGGUUCACAACCACCUAUAACUCCACCUCACUGUCCCCUUCUGCCCCCCCCCCAGGCACAACCACUCACACAUAUCCACACAUAUAUAUACACACAUACACACAGUUGUUGGAUAAUCCCAUAGUAGAUGACUCAGAUUUUUAUUUUGCAUGGCUCCCAGCAAUCGUUGCCAUCUGUAAUAGGGGGGAAGAUAAUCAGUAGCUGUUGAAUGAAUGGAUAGAUCCAUGAGUCGAUGAAAUUAUAACUUCCUGUCCACUCUCAGCAUCCAGAAACGCUGUCUUUGAACUUCAUUUCUUGGCAUUUAUAACAGCCACAACAAGACACAACUUCUCCCCACAUUUCACUGAAGUAGGUGCCAUGACUGCUGUCUCAUUUGGCGUUUCCCCCAUCACUUGUCAAGGAGCCAUAGAAGCUGGAGAGAGGGGGCAAGGCUGUACCUCAAGAGCCCUGGUAGGGAAUUGGACAAACAAAAGAGUACCUUCUCUGAAUCUUUUCAAAUGUAUUGAGACAGAGUCUCAUUAUACAAACUGGCCUCAGUUUGUGGUGAUCUGCUGACUUGCUCUGAGACUGAGUUUGAGAUUACAGGCCGGGCCACCCCACACCCUGCUGUGUUCUUCCACUCUUGAUUCAAGUGUUAAGCUUCUUUGCUGAGCUUCAGCUUGGAGCUGACAGGAAAGCCACAUGCUUAAUUUACAGAUGGUAUGCUCAAACUAGUACAGUAGCCCCUCCCUCCCAUUCAUAAUGUCAGUUAUUUGACGUCAGCUGUGGCCUGGAAAUACUAAGUGGAAAAAUUCAGAUAUGAAGAAUUUGUAAGCAUUCAGUUAUUUUGACAGGAAUGUGCUCUCUCCCAGCAUCCCACCAGGGAGGCACGUCCCUUCUUUGUUCAGCACACCCAUACUGGAUAGCUCCUGCUCACUGGUCACUUGGUAGCUGUCACAGUUAUGGGUGCAAUGGUAGGGUGUUAAUGUGCUUAUGUGCAAGUUAUCCUUACUUCUCUCUUCAAAGACAUGAUGUAGCCAUGCUCAAAAUUCAGGCAUGCUAUGGAGAACUGUGAUGUAUCUGAUGUAAGUGAAAAACCUGAAGUUAAUACAGGUUUGUGUGUGUGUGUAAACGAUCAUAAUGUAAAUGGGACUACAUACUGCCCAUUGCUUUAGACAUCUGCCCAGGUCCUUGGAGCUCAUCCCUGUGAAUUAGGAAGGGAUUUUUACAUACACAACCUUAUCAAGUUCCUUUAGGACCAUUCAAGUACAGAUCUCUCUCUCUCUCUCUAUAUAUAUAUAUAUUGUGAGUACUGAGCUAAAGCUAAGAACUUGUGGCAAAGGACAGACUUUGAGGCAAAUAGCUCUCAUAGAUGGCCUCUUGUCUUUGAUGUCACAUCCUGUCUCCAAUGCCACACCACUAACAUCUUAGGGCAUAAGAAAAUGUGAACUACUUAAGUGUUUGCUGGGGCUACCAGGUCAAUGAAACAGCCUUGUGUUCUAGGGUGUCUCCACUACCUUGCCUGAACCAGGGCAUUCUCUAGCAACCGCAGCUCAGGGUCACUUUAGCAAUUGGAAACAGUGACCAAGCAGCGAAUUGUUGGCAGGGGAAAUCCAGACAGAAGGUAGCUUAAAUUGAUGGCUCUGUGGAGGCCAAGUGAAUUUGAAACAGAAUUGGCCUGAGUGUUUGUUUGGCCAAAUCACCUUUAUAAAGAACUGAGAUACCCAAAGAAGGUCCAAACUCUAGACCACAUUUAAAAAUUUGGAAUCAGGAUUUCUAAAGGAAACUUGGGUUCUCUGGAGGGGAGAAAUUAGUGUAUUCAGAUGAAAGCCUUCUUCAGUUUAGGAUUCCCAAGUCCUUAUAAGCAGCCCUGUUCUCUGACAACCCAAGGAGCCCAAUCCUGGCCUUUGCUCAAGUGUUAGGCAGAGUCAAAAGAUCUCCUGUACAAUUUACAAGCUUUAAACUGUAUUCGAUUUUCAGCCCCUUAGCAGGAUGAUGUUCUGACUUGACAAACCCACUCUCAAAAGGAAAACUUAGUGGAAAGUACGUCUAACACUCCUGCCCUACCAAGCUCCAUGAUGCACAGCGUAAGCCCACUGGAGGGUGACUUGCUUUCCCCUCAAGAUGGCAAGGCUGAAUGAGCACCAAGGCUUACUGCCAUUGCUCAGCAUUGCAAGAAGGGAUCAGCUCAGCAAAGCAUCCAAAUUCAAAAUUAGAAUGCAGCAUCUUAGUUUGCUUCCUAUUGCUGUGAUAAAAAUGAGAGGGAGGAGAGUAUUGUUUGGUUUAUUCAUCUGUCCUAUUCACAGUCUGUCCCUGAAGGAAGCCAAAUGUAGGAAAUUGGAGGCAGGAACUGAGGCAGGGAUCGUGGAGGAAUGCAACUUCCUGGUGUGCUCAGUUUGCUUUCUUAUGCACCCCAGGGCCACCUGCCUAGGAAUGGCAUUGCCCACAGUGGGAUGAGCUCCCCACCCCCUAUCAAUUAUGAAUCAAGAAAGUGAAUUCCACACAGAUUUGCUUGUGGACAAUCUGAUGGAGGUAAUUCCUCAAUUGAUGUUCUUCCUUUCCCGAUGACUCUGGCUUGUGUCAAGUUAGCAAAAAACAAAAAGCAAAGCAAAGCAAAACAAACAAACAAACACAACCAAACAACCAGCACACAUGGAUUCCACUGAGUGCUUAUGGCUUCCACAAUAUGUAACACUGAAUGAUAAAUCAAACCAUCUUAAGAUGGCAGGCUUGAUAAGUGUUGUGUGUGAUCUUACUGGUUAAUCCCCAUGUGUCAUGGACAGCAACUUAAUCCAGUUUAAAGACCAAUGUGCCCACCUGAGACACAGUUCUUUGUUUCCCAAAGAUCCAGAUGACAGGAUAUAAUUGUCAAUAUCGUUAUCCCCUGUGGUCUGUAUUCUCUCUGGCUCUUGCUUCCAGUUCACAGUUAUUGCAGCCCACAUAAUCUCAGGCGUCCACAUUGCCUAUGGGGUGAAGGCAAUAUUCCUCAGACUGAAUCCUUGCUUACUUCCUCCUCCUGUGGUCCUGUUUCUGCAAUCACCCUGUAGCUGUCCUUGGCUCUGGAUCUACUGAGCUGCUUCUAGUCAUAUGUACAUCUCAGAAGCUACUUCUUCCUCCACGAUAAUGGUCCCUUGCCUUGGUACCCUCUGUUCUAAUGUACAUUCCCAAAAUCCUAGUCCCUGCUUCUGGUUAAAUGCUGCUGAUGCUUCCCUCUGCUAGGAUGUCUCUCAUCAAUAUCAGCAGCCCUCCACAAACCCAUCAUCCCCCAGAGGUGCUUCUCUGGCCAUAGACUUCCUAAACCCCCUUGUCCUUUGUACUACCGUUUGCUGUCCUGCAGUUAUCGUAGCAGCCCACAUGUUCCUGGGACCUGGUUCAUCACAAAGGUGCAUGCAUAUGUACUAAUGAUGAUGAUUAAAGAAACAUCACUAACUUCCACUUCCACAAGACCUGCAAAGUAUCUAUGUUUUGCCUCAAAUAUUUAAAAAUGAACCCUAUUCCAAACUAGAAAGGUAUGAUCCAGCCCUGUUAUUGCCAUUGAAUCUCCAGGAAAUCAUAUCUAUUCUCAGAGAUUCACGUAAUCUAUUUAUAAAAUAUGAACUAUGAUGUCCAGUGAGAUGGCUAGGUGCUUGUCACCAAAUCUGAUGGCCUGUGGAUCCCACAUAGUGCAAGAAGAGAACUGACUUCCACAAGUUGUGCUCUGACCUCCACACAUGCACCGUGGCAUACUUUAGAUACACACAGACAUACACACACAGACACACACAGACACACACACACACACAGACACACACACACACACACACACACACACACACACACACAACUGGAAUUAACAGCAGUGACAUUUUUUUACAAGGCAGCUGUGAUUUCUCAAGACUCACUAUGCUGCCAUGGAUACUACUGUGGAGUCCACAGAAUGCUCUUAGGAAUAAUAUUGCAUGUCAUUCCAGGGGUCUAUGGGAUCACUGCACGUCUGACGUGUGUAUGGCAAAGACAUAUCCUCUGCAUACAGCCUGCUCACACCUCUGCCUGCACAUCAGUCUACUCCCAGCAGUCUCUGUGUAGGCACUGGUGGGAAGCAAUGUGGAUGUCUUGUACACAAACUAUUAUCACGGAAGUUUCCCGGUAAAGUGAGGGAAGAAGGCACUGUGGUCUGUUGCUUUAUUAUGCUCCGUUAUUAGCUGAAAUCAAAGGCCUUCCGGUUCUAGACUGUGAAGACAGUGAGUGAAGGAGUCGAAGGAAGAGAGGUGAGGGCAGAAGUGUAGAUGUUUUGCUUGCUCAAGAGCCUGCACAGUAGGUCUGCUUACUGAGGAACCCACAUAGUGGGUCCACUUGAUCGAGGAGCUGUGGCUGUACUCUCAAUUUUUUACCCAGGGCUUCUGCCAAAGAGUUAGCAAGCAUUUCUAAUAAACCAAGUAUCAUUUCCAGAUUGGCAAGUCGACUAUUUCAUUGUGUUUAGAAAUAAAUACCUUAGAAUCUGAAGGUACUAGCAAUUUUCAUGUUCAACAAUGGUCUCAACAGCCAGACCCACAAUAAAGUGAAAAAAGUUGGGAGCCUACUGUGUGUGGCAGGUACUCUGGUAAGCACGUGGUUUGUACGAUUCAGUUUUAACUUUAUGUCUUCCCCUGGAAAGAAGGAACUCUUGCUUCACUUUUCCAGUGUAGGAAAAAUAAAGGAGAAACAUUCCCACUUUCCUUCUGGGUUGGGCAGCGGUGAUGUAUGUGGGCAGAGUUUGGGAGAUGGCUCUGAGCGUGAUGGUAGCAGGCAAUGACUGUGUGGGACUCAGCCCAGGGAAGGACCAGGUGUGGACAGCAGGGAAACCAGAUUCUUAAAUCAUCAGCUUAGAAGUGACAUUGCAGCUGGUUAUUUUCGUUUGCAUUUCUGCACAGAAAUGCAGUUUUUCAUAGCUGCCAAGGCAGGAGGGGAAGGUGGGGUUCUUAGUGGCCACCUUAAACCACCAGACCAAAACACAAGUCAGAAAAUCAAAUACUGAAAAAAACUGACUUUGCACUAGCAACACAUUCCAUGAAGCCCAAAGGUGGACAGAGCACUUGCUGAGAAAUGUGCGAAUCAGUCUGCAUUAGCCUUAAGGACAGACAGGACACGGGCCUUUAGAGGAUGUUUCUCAAAUAUCCUUUAGCUUCAUUCUGAGGUGUCCUCCAAAGUCCUGUGGGUUAGAAGGGAGGAUCCCUGGCUCCUGGAUGCUAGAAGGUUUCACGUCAGUUAGGGCACACCUUGGAAGGGGGUUUCUCAUUUCUCGGUUUUUAGCUCUAUCAUCUGCUACUCUUCUAUGAUGUGUUACUUCCCCCACCCCCAAAUAGUUACUUCCCCACCAUGGAUUAGAACCUCUGAAAUAAUCUUUUUUUUUCUUUUAAAGUUGAUAGUCUCAAGUAUUUCAUCAUAGCCACAGGAAGCAGACUAAUACAUUCCUCUUUUGAAGACAGGAGACAUGGUUUGUCUGAGGAACAUAGGGAUUUUCCAAAUCUUCACUUAUGGAUUUAGAAGUGAUUGGAGACCUUUGCCAUGUAGGGGAGGACAGCCAUGCCCGGGAUAGUCUGCAAGCCUAGCCUGGCCCAGGCAGAGGAAAAUGGGAGUUCCUUCCAGGACAGUAAGUUUUAUUAUUAGACAAGCCGUGUCUUUUUCUUCCUGAGGUGAGAGCUGGCCAGGUGGGUGGAGGCAGCUGUAGACUGCUCUUAGAUACUCUGCCAGGACAGGAGGCAAGCUGGGGAGGCCUGCCUGGGAUCCUUCCUUCUCCCUGGGCUGUGGGGAAGAGAAGGGACAAUGAGAAUGCUCCCGUCUAGCCAUCAUCUCAGACGUAUUCCCCAACACUGCCUUCCCUGGGAUGACAAUCGCAUCUCUCACCCUUUCAAAACCAAAUUUGCAAACUGCUUGUGUGGAAUAAAAGCAUUCAGGACACCUAAAGGCUAAAGUAUGGGCAAGUAUGAGUGAAACAUGAAUAUUAUUCAGAUUUUCUUCCUCUCCUGGGUAAUUGCCCUAUUGCCAACCACACCUAUGUCAUUCAGGUACAGUUACCUGAUAGGUGUGAGUGGCACAUGGAGAAUCAUGGCUAUGCAUCUGGGAGGUAGCCACAAAAGUAGGUCUAGUCAUUCUAGACCCCACAAUACACACUCCAUUUUGAAAAACUUCACCGUCUCUCAUAGCUGGAGAAACCUUUCUGUUGGUAUGAACACAGUGUUUUUUAGAAUUCGUAUUUUGCAGGUUACUUUUCCAUCUACUCUUAGGGGUCAGUGGUGUGCCAGUGUUCCCAAACAUGGAAACCAGGUCAUUCUCCUCAGUCUUCUCCCUGAGUUUCAAGGUUCCCUAGAACAAGAUUACAGGAGCCCACUAGUCCAUAAGUCAACCAGGAAGAGCCUCUUGGCAAUAAAACACUGGGUGGUCUUUGAGACUAUAAAAGGGAGGUCAUGUUGAGUUUGAGAUCACAAAGAAAAUUCCUUGGGAAAUAAACUUUUCUGAGUGAUAUGAAAGGUACCAGUCAGAGAAGUCAAAGAGAUAGCCCUGUCACCCCGGCAUCAAUGGGAAAUUCAAAUCCAUUGACAUUGCCAUUGGCAGAGCUCCUGGUGAUUGACAUGCACUGCUCUCUUGGAAGAACUGUGCAGAAAUGUCAUUUCCAAAGUUAAAUAGCUGGAAUCUCUAUGGCCAAGGGAUGGUGGCAGGUGGUGGACCACACACAGCAGGGGGCAGGGGCUGGCUUGGCAUUUAGCUCAGUCACACCAACACACUGAACAGAGAUAUAUGAAAAGAAAGAGAAACGUGCAAGUGAUUCUGUUGCUCAGAAAACUAAAACCGCACGGCACACAAGGCCCGCAGCCAAAAGGAAAAGCCCUUUUUACAUCUGACCAGAAUUUGCAUCUUAUCUUUAAAGACGAAUUUUCUGGAGAAUAGCUGGUGUGACAAGAAGGUGAAAGAGGAGCCAUCUUCCUUUUCUCAGUGACUGAGAGGAAUAGUGACUACCUAGGCUUUCAAUGUUUUCCAGAGUCCUGUCUGGAAUGGUUGAUGGAGGAAGGGUAGAACA